UUUGGGGGGCGCCCGGAGCUAAGAUGGCGUCGGCGAGUCAAGGGGCCGCGGGGAUGGUCCCGACGGAGCUGGUGAGGGUCCUGCGAUGGGGGCUAGAAGAGCUGAACCUGGACAAGUUGUCGUCGUCCCUGGGCGCGUCGGAACAGGCGCUGAGGCUCAUCAUCUCCAUCUUCCUGGGUUACCCCUUAGCUUUGUUUUACCGGAGUUUCCUUUUCUACAAGGACAGCUACCUCAUCCAUCUCUUCCACACCUUUUCAGGCCUCUCAAUUGCUUAUUUUAAUUUCGGAAACCAGCUCUACCACUCCCUGCUAUGCAUCGUGCUGCAGUUCCUCAUCCUCCGCCUCAUGGGCCGCACCAUCACGGCUGUCCUCACCACCUUCUGCUUCCAGAUGGCCUACCUUCUGGCUGGCUAUUAUUACACAGCCACUGGCAACUACGAUAUCAAGUGGACAAUGCCACACUGCGUGCUGACCUUGAAGCUGAUCGGUUUGGCUGUUGACUACUUUGACGGAGGGAAGGAUUUGAAUUCCUUGUCCUCUGAGCAACAGAAAUUUGCCAUCCAGGGUGUCCCAUCCUUGCUGGAAGUGGCCGGUUUCUCCUAUUUCUAUGGGGCCUUCCUGGUGGGGCCCCAGUUCUCCAUGAACCACUACAGGAAGCUGGUGCAGGGACAGCUGAGCGACAAGCCCGGGCAGAUACCAAACAGCGUCAUACCUGCUCUCAAGCGCCUGGGUCUGGGCCUCGUGUACCUGGUGGGCUACACCGCACUCAGCCCCCACAUCUCCGAAGACUAUCUCCUCACGGAUGACUAUGAUAAACGCGACUUCUGGUUUCGUUGCAUGUACAUGCUGAUCUGGGGCAAGUUCGUCCUGUACAAAUAUGUCACGUGCUGGCUGGUCACGGAAGGUGUCUGCAUCCUCACUGGGCUGGGUUUCAACGGCUUUGAUGAAAAUGGGAAGCCUAAGUGGGACGCCUGCGCCAACAUGAAGGUGUGGCUGUUUGAGACCACCCCCCGCUUCACAGGCACCAUCGCUUCCUUCAACAUCAACACCAACGCCUGGGUAUCCCGUUACUUCUUCAAGCGCCUCAAGUUCCUGGGGAGUAAAGAACUGUCCCAGGGCCUGUCGCUGCUGUUCCUGGCCCUCUGGCAUGGCCUACACUCAGGGUACCUGGUCUGCUUCCAGAUGGAGUUCCUCAUUGUUCUCGUGGAGAGACAGGCUGCCGCCCUGAUCCGAGAGAGCCCGCUCCUGAGCAGCCUGGCCUCCAUCACCAUCCUGCAGCCAUUCUACUACCUGGUGCAGCAGACCAUCCACUGGCUCUUCAUGGGCUAUUCCAUGACCGCCUUCUGCCUCUUCACCUGGGAAAAAUGGUACAAGGUGUAUAAAUCCAUCUACUUUCUGGGCCACGUCCUCUUCCUGAGCCUCCUCUUCAUCUUGCCUUACGUUCACAAAGUCAUGGUGCCAAGAAAAGAAAAGCUAAAGAAAGUGAAGUAAUCUGCCUCCGUGGUGGCCCCAAGCAGGAGCAGGACCGGUGCAGAAGUGACCCGUCUCCCCUCACAGCACUCCUGCACCCGGAACAGAAGACAGACACCCCCAGCGCGCUACUGCCAGCCUACACUUCACUCGGGGCCAAAGGGGAAACUCUCGUGGGAGAAGCAGAGGGGCCUGGCUCCCCUCUGGCUCCCCACAUGCACGUUGCCUUAUCUCUUCCCCCUCUAGCCAGGAAUCUGUGGUGUUUCUCUUCUGCCGAUUUACAUGAUUGUACGUGCUGCCGCCACCACCCCCCCUAUGGGGGGGCGGGAAGGGGUACAAGGUUCUGCCCGCUCCACUUUUCCUACCUUGGAACUGUACCAGAUAAAAAUCACUUCUGUUUGUUCCA